CUGUCUCCAGCUUUCCUCUGCCUCCGAGAGCAGUUUACAGGGCAAACUUCUUUGUAGUUUCAGAAGCAGGUUUGUUGCCAUGGAAUCCACAGUGCCACUGGAGUAGCCUAGUAAAAGGUAACCACUAAAGAUUCAGUCAAUAGAUAGACUGUGGUUCUUCUUCUGGAAAAGCCUGACUGGUAGGAUUCCUUUAAGGCUCAGCCCCAAAGUCCUUUAUAUCAUCACUUCAGCUACUUGAAAACUGAAGCUCCAGAAGACCUCUGAAAGAGAACCUGCUGGGCUCAAGCACUUCCCACCGAUGGCCAAUCCUAAGGGUAGUGUUGUUACUAAUGGGACUGCCCACAAUCCCAAGACUCAGCACAGCAAAUGGCAAAGCACUGACUGUGUGAAAAAUGGAAUCCCCAAAGAAGCCCAGCAAAAUAAGAAGCCACGUUUUUUUGAUAAGCCCAUUUUUGAGUCCUACCCAGAGCCACCACUUUAUGUCUUGGUUUUUACUUACAUGGGAUAUGGAAUUGGAACCCUAUUUGGCUAUCUCAGAGACUUUAUGAGAAACUGGGGAAUAGAAAAAUGCAACGCAGCUGUAGAGCGAGAAGAACAAAAGGAUUUUGUGCCGCUUUAUCAGGAUUUUGAGAAUUUUUAUAAGAGGAACCUUUACAUGAGAAUCAGAGACAGCUGGAAUCAGACCGUCUGCAGUGCCCCAGGGCCCUACUUGGACAUAAUGGAGAAAGUGUCUGAUGACUAUAACUGGACAUUCAGGUAUACUGGAAGAGUUCUCAAAGAUGUCAUCAACAUGGGCUCCUACAACUACCUUGGGCUUGCAAGCAAAUAUGACGAGUCCAUGAAGACAGUAAAGGACGCUUUAGAAGAGUAUGGUGUAGGUGUGGCCAGCACCAGACAUGAGAUGGGUACCUUGGAUAAGCAUAAGGAGCUGGAGGAGCUCAUGGCUAAGUUCUUGAAUGUAGAAGCAGUGAUGAUCUUUGGAAUGGGAUUCGCAACCAACUCAAUGAAUAUCCCUAUACUUGUUGGAAAGGGAUGCCUCAUUUUAAGUGAUGAGUUAAACCACACAUCUAUCAUCCUGGGGGCUCGACUCUCAGGUGCAACCAUAAGACCCUUCAAACACAACAAUGUCCAAAACCUAGAGAAGCUCCUGAGAGAAGCUAUCAUCAAUGGCCAGCCUCGCACAGGCCGAGCUUGGAAAAAGAUUCUCAUCCUGGUAGAGGGCAUCUACAGCAUGGAAGGUUCCAUUGUGAAUCUGCCCCAGAUAGUGGCUCUAAAGAAGAAAUACAAGGCUUAUCUCUACAUGGAUGAAGCUCACAGUAUUGGUGCUACGGGCUCCCAUGGCAAAGGUAUCAGAGAGUUCUUUGGACUGGCUCCUGAAGAUGUGGACGUAUACAUGGGCACAUUCACCAAAAGCUUUGCAGCCUCGGGAGGCUAUAUAGCAGGGAAAAAGGAAAUUGUGGAUUAUGUACGGAUUCACUCACAUAGUGCCACUUAUGCGACAUCCAUGAGUCCCGUAAUAGCAACGCAAAUCAUCAGAUCCUUGAAACUUAUUAUGGGAGAAGAUGGGAACCUUGGAGGUCUGCAGAGAAUACAGCAACUUACAAAAAACAUAAAAUACUUCCGACAGCGGCUGACAGAAAUGGGAUUCAUCAUCUAUGGCAAUGACUACUCUCCCAUUAUCCCUGUGCUCCUGUACAUGCCUGCUAAAGUAUCUGCUUUUGGAAGGUAUUUGCUUAAGAAAAAAAUCGGGGUGGUGGUUGUUGGAUUUCCAGCCACUGCCCUAGCAGAAGGUCGGGCUCGGUUCUGCCUUUCAUCAUCACAUACUAAGGAGGUAUUAGAUGAAGUUUUGGAAGUCGUUGAUAAACUCGGUGAUCUCCUGAAUGUGAAAUACUUCCCACUCAAGAAGUCAGGACACCCUGCACUCUCCAAUGAAAAGAGUUUUGACAGUGAAGCAAGCUUUGAUGAGAUGAGCAUUGAACCUGAAACAUAAGUUUCCUGGCAUAAUGAAUGGAACAUAGAGACUGCCAGAAGACUUCCUUCCUCCUUUGUCUCACAAGUAAUAUAGCUGUAUGUUACCCUUUCCUUGGGACAAUUUUAUUUUCCAAACCAGCUUAAUUGAGUGAGGGAAAUAGUCAUUUCUUUAAUGUCUCUAGCCCGCUGCUACAAAAUCAAAACAUACAUAAAAUUCUAGAUUUACAUUUUCCCUCUCCUUGGCUGGAAAUACACAAAUGCACACUU